GUGCUGGAGGAGUAGAGCUUAGCCAAUCGCAUAAAGAUAUCAAAACAAGUAACCUCUCUCUCUACCAUUGAAGUUGACCUGCCACUGCUAUUUUACUUCUCCGAACCAUUCCGGUAAUGACAAAGGUAUAUCCCAACGCCGCGGCCACCGCCGCGGCCGCCGCCGCCGCCGCUACACCCACCCCCGCAACCGAGAGGCUGAAGUCCAUCGACGAAAGCUCGAUGGUCCUAACCGUGUGGAAGAAAUCGCUACUCUUCAACUGCGAUGGUUUCACGGUGUUCGACGCCCACGGCAAUCUCGUCUUUCGCGUCGACAACUACUACGCCGCCAGUAAAGCUGAGAUCUCUCUCAUGGAUGCCUCCGGCAAGUCUCUCCUCACCUUCCGCCGCAAGAGAUUGGGCUUGGCGGACAAUUGGAUGGUGUUCGAAGGAGAAUCGGCGGUGAAUCCGCUGUUUUCGGUGAGGAAGAAUUUGAAUCGGCUGAGGACGAAUUUGUUAGCUCGUGUGAUGUCAGGAUGCAGUGGGAGUGGAUCAUCAUCGCCACCAUCGUCACCGGGGAAUAAGAAGUCUGUGUAUGAGAUAGAGGGAUCGUACUCGCAACGGUGCUGCGCCGUGUACGACAGCGAGAGGCGGAGAGUGGCGGAGAUCAAGAGGAAAGAGGCGGUGGGAGGGGUGGCUUUCGGGGUGGAUGUGUUCCGUCUCAUCGUGGAGCCGGAAAUCGAUUCGGCCGUCGCCAUGGCACUCGUGAUUCUCCUUGAUAGGAUGUUUGGAUCCUCUAGACGAUUUUCAGCGCUUAAUUGAGUCUCCAAACACCCCAAAACACACACACACAAACACACACUUAAACACACCGACAAACAAACCAUCGCUGUCCGUCUCAUCAACUUCAGCCACCACCAUCACACUUAUUUUCCUGUAAUUUUUUGUUGUAUGAUGAGUUGAUAACCCAUUUUCGACUCUCUCUCUUUUUUCUUUUUUGAAUUUAUAUAAUCUGUAGAGCUUGGUUUUUUUUUCCUAUUAUGUAAAUGAAUAACCAAGCUUUCGGGUGAAGAAUGUAUAUACAUCUUCUUCGACAAAAUGUCAAAAACAAAACAAGAUAGAAAAUUAAUAUGAUAAAUUGGUGAUUUGAUUACCA